AUGAGAGAAAAAACUACUGCCGAUGAAAUCCUCACUGAUAAAGUUGACCAACUUAUCAAUAAUGAAAAAGAAAUUAAAAUCACUACCAUUCAACAGGAAAUUAAAGUAACAAGGCAUGAAAACAUGUUUACAAAAUUAGUCUUACCUGCACUCGAUGACAUUCUUCGUUUUUUUAUCCUUCAUCAAUAUCAACAAAAAUGGCAGCACACAAGACGCCGACUUCGAAGUGAUAGCAAACAGAAUCCGUGCUCAAAAGCCGGCGCUGCUGAUCUUCAACACAGUAAACAAACUUUCUUCGAUUACAAAACCUAUUAUCAAGAAGGUGAAAAUGCAAAUGGCGGUACAGUGUUACUCAUCCGUGAGGCAAUUAGAUCAAGUCUGGUACCAUGCGCUAUUCCAGAUGUCUGUGCAAUAGACAUCAUGGAGGAAGAGCCAAUACGGAUGAUAGGUGUUUACGCACCCGUGAGCAGAACCUGA